AUGAUCGCCGACGACGAGGCGACGCGUCGCGCGGCGAAGACGGCGCUGACGCAGAUAAUCAACGCGGCGUUUAAGCGCGCGGAGCGAGGGUUCGACGCGAUCGCGCGGGGAGAUGCGGUGGAGGACGACGGCGCGGACGCGGACGCGACGCGAGACGUGUCGCUGUUGUUGACGACGCUGUGUAAAAUCGCGGCGCGAGAGGGCGCGGUGGACGUCGACGCCUAUCUCGCGCACUCCAAGGCGUUGGCGCUGGAUAUCUUGAGGCAGCUCAUGGACGGUCCGCGCGCGACGGUGUGGCUCGAGUGCUUUCACGCCGAGCUUCGACAACCGCUCUCCAUCGCGUUGAUGCGAAACGCGUUGCUUCAGGUACCUCGAGGCUCGGAGGCGGAGCAGAGCGUGGGAAUUCUGGUUUCGAUCGCGCGCAUGGCGUACGGCACGCUCGUCGUUCGCGCGCGAGCGACGUGGAAGCAGCAAGUCGCGGCGUUGUAUCCAAUCAUGUCGCUGCAUCCGCUCGAGAGCGGCGACGCGAGCGCGGCGAUGCGAGUCUCGGCGCUUCGUCUCGUGCGAAGACUGGCGUCGGAUUCCCAAGUGUUGGUGGAUAUGUUCGUCAACUACGAUUGCGAUUUACACGCGGCCAAUCUGUACGAACGCACCGUCAUGGCGCUGGCGCAGUCGGCGCAAGUGGCGGACGUUUUGGAACGCGACGCCGUGUUGACGUGCUUGUUUAGCAUUUUACGCUCGUUGCAGUCGUGGCACGCUCGCGGAGAGAACGGCGUCGACGACGCGUCGGUGGACAUCGACGAUAACGAUGCCGACGUCUCGAUGGAGGACGAAGACGGAUUCGACGGCGAGCUUCGACCGGCGGUUUCGAGACGAGCCUUGCGCAAGCUCAAAUCGGGAGGCGGCGCGACGACGCCCAUCGGGAGCAUCGCGGCGGCGGCGGCGGCGGCGACCGUCGCCGUCGUCGCCGGCGAUGAUGGACCUUCCACGCCCACGUCGCCGACGCAUCGCGAAGAAAAAAUCGCGACAGCUCCGACGUCGCCGUCAGACUCCCCGUCGUCGCCGUCGUGUGUAAAUUCCCCGUCCGCCGCGGUGGAAUCCGAAGCCGAACGAUUUCAAAAGGCGAAAAAGACGAAGGCCUCCAUGGAAAAGGCUGUCGAAGCCUUCAACGUCGAUCCUUCGACGCAGACGCUCAGAGUCGCGGCGCGCUCGGAGGAUCCAAAUGUGUGUGCGGAGUUUUUGCGCAAGACGAGCGCGCGCGUCGCGCCCGCCGCCAUCGGCGAGUUACUCGGCUCGCCCGACGCCGACGCGCUCGUCGUCAUGCGCGCGUACGUCCACAGAUUCGACUUUGCGUCGAUGAGCAUCGAUGAUGCCAUGCGCUUGUUUUUGGGUGGGUUCAAGCUCCCAGGGGAGGCACAAAAGAUUGAUCGAUUGGUCGAGGCGUUCGCGGCGAGGUUUUGCGCGUGCAAUCCGGGGGCGUACCCGUCCGCGGACGCCGCGUACAUCUUAGCCUUCGCGAUCGUCAUGUUGAACACGGAUGCGCACAACCCCCUCACAGACGCCGCGAUGAAGAUGAGCGAAGGUGAUUUCGUGCUCAUGGCCACCGCAGCCGAGGCGACAAAAGAUUUGGAUGUGGAAGCCGUCGCCGCGAUUUACGCGCGCGUCACUGCCGAGGAAAUCAAAAUGCACGCCGCGGAGCCAUCGACGGCGACCAAAGCGAACGGUGGCGAUAACGCGCGGGCGAAGAAGACGAUGGCGCAAGUACUAAACUUUGCAGCUCCCUGGAAGAACCGAUCUACGCUCAAAGAGGCGAGCGACGAAACGGUAGAGUUACUCAAGUCCACGAAGGCGAUGUUCAAGCACGCCGAGGAGAGCGACGAAGCCGCGAGCGCGCUCUUCGUCCGAGCCUCCGAACCAGGCUUGGCGCGACCGAUGCUCGAGGCGGCGGGGAAAUGCAUGUUAAUCGCGUUAUCCAGCGCGUUUGACUCCGCCCCGGAUGAAGCGCACGCAGCGAUGCCGCUCGAAGGCGCGAGAGCGAUGCUGUCGCUCGCGGCGCGACUGCAACUCCCGAUGUUGCGCGACGAUAUCUGCACCUUCUUAGUCUCUGCUCCUGGGUUUGGACGCCGCGAAGGCAUCGCAACUCAGAGUAAAGAAGCUUUGAGCACGCUCCUCGAGCUCGCGGCGAGCGAAUCCAAUCUAGGCGGCGUCCAGGCGUGGGCGAGCGUGUUGGAAAUGGUGACGCGGUUGGAAAACUUGCGCGCCGUCGUCGGCGCCGGCGUAUCCUUCGAUACCGCGCGCGCGAAAGAUAUUUUUUGUGCACCGCUUCGCAUGCAAGAACUAGUGGCGUCAUCGAAAUCGGCGACGCAAUCGGGCGGCGAUGUUAGCCCCGACGCGCUCACCCCGGCGGAGCUUUCGGUGACGCAGUGGUUGUCCACCGCGGGCGGCGAAGCCAUCGAGCGCGUAUUCGCGUUGAGCACUCGAUUCGAUUCCGAUGAGAUCAUCGCCUACGCCUCCGCCAUCGCCACAGUAUCUCGUCAUGAACUCUGGGACGGUGCGGGCGGUAACGUGUCGGCGUUACUACGUCUCACCGAAGUCGCGGCGACGAAUAUGACGCGCGUGCGCCUGGUGUGGUCCAAGCUUUGGAACGUCGUCGCCGAACACCUGGUGGAGAGCGUGAAGCACCCCGACGAUAAAGUCGUGUUACACGCCACAGAUUCGCUACGACAAGUGGCGAAUAGGUUGCUUUUACGCGCGCGCGCGACGCGUUCGGCCACGCAGGUGGACGCGAUGAAGCCAUUCGUCGCGGCGAUCGAAAACGCCCCAAACGCGCACGCGAGAGAUUUGAUUUCGUCGUGCGUCGCUCAAGCGCUCCAGCGAUUCGGGGACUCGCUGGAUUUGGGUUGGGAUCCAGCGUUAGAAGUGCUCGAACACGUGUACGGUGACGGUUCGUCGAGCGAUGUCGCUUUGGGAGAUGCGGAAGCCGCGGCGUGCGAGGCGUUGGAGAAGGCGCUGGCCGCGGCGUUGGAAAAAAAUGGCGACAGCGCGUCGAAGGUGGCGACGGAGGACGACGACGACUACCUCGGCCUACCGCUUGCGUGCGUCCCACGAGCGAUGUGCUUGCUCGGGACGUUCGCGCGACGCCGACGACGCGCGAGCGCUGGCUCGGACGACGAGGAUUCGCCGCCGCGACGCGCCGUUGCGACGAUCGCCGCGGCGUGCCGCCGAGGACUCGCCAUGGGCGACGAGGACGCGAACGCGUGGUUGAAGACGACUUGGGCGGCAACGCGUGGGGGGUGGCGCGCGCUGGAGCGGUCGAGGGCUUAUUGGAGACCAAGCUCGACGCCACGCGGGCGUUGGAUCUCAUUCUUCCACGCCUGA